AUGCAAUACUGGAAGAGCCAAGGACAGCAGCUCCACACCGCCAGCGAGACUUCGCCAACUUCCACCCAUGGGCAUCACUCCCUUUCGAAUAGCAUAUCUCGUUAUGGACCGGGACCAGAUGGAGCCGAUUCCACCACUGCCGAAAGUCGAUCUCUUGGAUCAACAACAGGAGCACCGACUGCUAAUGCAGGCAUAUUCCAAAGCCAGCCGAACACAAACUUCAACGUAUCCGAAACGGCACAGGGACAAGCCUAUACUUAUGCUGGUCCCGGUCCUAUCAUCAACGAGCCCAUGCAACCGAGUUGGGACAUGUCACUUUGGGACGACUUUGACCUGCUACGGGAUGAUGUCGAACCCUGGUCAUCAGGUUCCAUGCUCCCCUCGCUCAUCACCGACUACCGGCUAUACUAUGCGCCGCCGUUUCGAAUGGACUUGCCCGAGUUGAAUACCGCCUAUCCAAGUAAUGUAGAGGGGACUGACCUCGACUACGCCCAUCAGAAUGACAAUAACAAUAAGAACAUGGGGUAUAAUGCCCCAGCUCACUUGUUGACGCAGCACGAGGACGGGGUUAUUUCGAGGUAUGAGUCCCGUUUGCCAUCCAUGCAGCCAGGAGAAGGGGACGCCUCACCUCCGAGGGAAGACGCCGCACACAUUGGGCUUCAAGAGAAGACUGGGCAGUCUCCCUUUACUGACGCCCAGUUUAAUCCCUGUGGAAAGCCAUGGCGCAUCUCUAAAGAGGGCUAUCGCUUCAUUCAGACACUUAUCCAGAGCUAUACCAAGGUUCUACCGGACGACUUUGUUUUUCCAACUCGACAUUCCCUCUGGAGGUAUGUCGAGGGAUUUUUCUCUGGCUUCCACGAGCACCUGCCCUUUAUACACCUGCCGACGUUCUCAAUGGUGACUAGCGCUCCAGAAUUGAUCUUGGCAAUUGCUUCUAUGGGGGCGCGGUAUCGAUUCCAGCGAAAGCCGGCCUACGACCUCUACCUCGCCGCACGAGCUCUGCUUGAACACCAACUGUCCGAUCAAGAGGCGGAUUCAUCGCUUACCGAAAGCGCAUCAGACUUCCUCACAGACGGCAACUUCCCAUCCAGUUCCUAUUCCUCGAUUCGUGGAGACGAUGUAGGCUCUGAACAUGGCUCUGCCCGCACUGCCCGGGAAACAUUCCACGACAAGCUAGCCAACCGCGAUCGAAAUGUGCAAACAAUGGAAGCAAUGAUAAUCCUCAUAGCGAUGGGGACUUGGAACCACAAGCAUCUGAUACGGGACGCAUUGUCCACUGCUAGUCAACUUGCCCUGAUGGUCCGUGAAGAUUAUCAGCUACUUGCCGAGCCCGAGGCGCGAGCUGAGGAGUGGUUAGAAUGGGUGGCGGGCGAAGGCCGACGACGUACUAUACUAGUCGCCAUGUCAUUUCUCAAUCUUCAUUCCAUCGCCUACGAUAUCCCACCAAAACUACCCCAAUCCGAGCUGGGCAAGAUGUACCUCCCCGCCCCAGAGACAUGGUGGAGGGCUGAAGACGCGUCUGCCUGGGAGUUUGCACGCAGGAAAGAUGCCUAUGAAGAGGUGACAUUACACGCGAGCUAUGCUAGCCUGAUUGCACCAGAAGGGCCACUCUUGAAAUGUGCCCCAUCAUCAUUCGGCAACUACAUCCUGAUCCACUGCAUAAUGCAACAAAUCUUCUUCAGCAGGCAGCUUGCUCUUCAGUCGUUGGUGACCGGCGGUCAAGCUCUGUCACCCGAGGUAGUUUCCCAAAUUGACCUGGCUUUGAGAAGAUGGCAACGGAGCUGGGAGGCUACCAAGGAUUCGUCUCUUGAUCCGUCAAGCAAGGGCGGGCCUCUGAGCUUCAACUCCACAGCACUUUUCCGCCUGGCAUACAUACGGCUCAGUGCUAAUAUGGGACCGUGCAGACGACUUGAUUCCGGUGACCCUGUGAGUAUAGCUGUAGGAUUUCGAGACGCCCCCUUUCCAGAACGCUCCUCGUGUGUUGGACAAGCAGUCCUUCAAAGCGCCCAUUCAUUGAGCAUUCCCGUCCGUAUCGGCAUCGAAUUCGUAGCCCGAACUCAGGCACUUACUUGGAGUAUAGUCCAUAGCCUCUGUGGCCUGGAGUGCGGAUUAUUUUUGGCAAAAUGGCUAGAAAAGAUGGCUCUGGUUUCGGAAUGUGGAGAGGCAUUGAGAGACGACGAGAGACGCCUCCUGGGCAUUGUAGAUAGCAUCAUUAGUGAGUCAGACUUGGGGCCAGGGCUUCAAAGGGAGCACUGUGAGACAAGAAGGAUCAGACUCAUGGCCGUUUCAGUAUUGCGACUUUGGGGACACAUGCUUCAGGGUGCUCAUGUCUUUGAUAUCAUGAGCACCAUUGGGGCUGGCCUCACUCUAAGCGCCAGCAUGAUGCACAAGGACAUGGAGAAUUCUGGCAGUAAAAAUUAA